CUCAAGACCAGAAGAGGAAAAUGCUUAUCUUCACUGUCAUUGGCUGUAUACCACGUGACACUCCCGAAACGUUUAGGCAAAGAAUCUGUAAGAGAUUCUUUGGUUUUAGGCGCUAUUUCUGGUUUUUCGCCAACUGCAAUUGUGUUUCUCGCCAAUUGUUAGCGGUUUGUUUAAAUCAAGGAUAUUGCUUUUUUUUUAUUAUCAAAAUGGAUAUGUUUAAAUGUAAAUCUUGCAGUUCAUCUUUUUAUGCGAAAAGAUAUUUGAAAGCGCAUGAGAAGCGCAUGCACAAAGAAUACACGAAUUUAAAUAAUAAAGUUGCACCAUUUUCGUGUACGUAUUGUACGAAGCAAUUUUGUACAAAAAAUUCUUUAGCUAAACAUAGGAUACGUAUCCAUAAUAUAAGGCGAAGUAAUAUUAAAUGCGGCGAAGACGAAUGCCGGGAACUAUUUUCUACUACAGGAGAUUUAAGAUCUCACUUAGAGACUUGCCAUAAUUACAGCAAUAUGACCAAAUGUAUAAAACUGGAGUUUCAAAAAAAGCAAGACUUUUAUUCAUGGCUAUCGGAUGAAGAAAGAAAAACAAAGACUCAUUUUGUGGUAGAUUCAUCUGGGCAGAAACAUAAAAAUUACACCAGGACGCUGUUUUGCUGUAAUAGAAGUGGGACAUACAAAGCAAAAGGCAAAGGUGAAAGACAGCUAAAAGCACAAGGGACUUCCAAAACAGGUUUCUCUUGCACAGCUACUGUCAUACUAAAAGAUUUUGGCAAUCGUUUUGAAGCUGUAUAUUUUAAAGAACAUUACAAGCAUGAAAAAUCCCUUUGUCAUCUCCCUAUUCCUAAACAAGAAAAGCAAAGUAUAGCAGGCAAGUUAUGUGUUAGACCGUAUUUUGAUUGUAUUAAUUUCUCUUAAAUAAAACUAUAAUUACUUAUGCAGUUGGAGCCUUUCUAGCUGUCAUUAAUAUACAGGUGGUUCAAAAUUCCAAAAGUGAAUGAAUUUUAAUAUUAAUGAAGUUGAUAACGAAAAUCAUUCAUGGAAAAUUCAGAUUGGGAGAGAAACACGCGAGUGUGAAAUUUAAAAUUAGGCUUAACAGCAGACUUAAUUUGCAUAGAUUUUAAAUAAAAUUAUCAGCUUUGAGGACAAUCAGACACAGGUAUCUCUUCAGGAGUACAAAACUUUUGCAAAAUGGAAGGAGUGGGUAGAGCAAAGUAAAGAUGAACGUAACACUGUCUGCUGUGGAAAAUAAUAAUGAAGCAUGUAAAACCAAGAUAUUAUAAUUCUAAAUGUGUUAUGAAGGAAUUAAC